AUGAUAACCACUACUUCACCAGCGGUUGUCUACGUACACCGCACACUCGAAGAGUCCUUCCUUUGCAGCGAUCUUCGUCACUACAGCACCAAGAAUGUGGCGCUCCGUGGCCAAGCAGAUGCCGGUGCUGAACCGUGCCGCGGCGCGUAGCUCGCAGGCCUUGGCGAUGACUGUCACCUCUCGUGCGUGUGCGACACCUUUUGCCUCCGUGGCCCAGCCAGCCUUGUCCGCGUCGCUACAGACCCGCACGCUGUCGUCCAAGGCCAGCGACGAUUACGCACUCAACCUUGCCAAGGUCCUGGCCCCGGAGGCCACACUUGAAGAGUUCAAGAAGCUGUACCGCACACCUGGCGCCAAGCACACGACGGUGAUCAAGAUCGGCGGCGACGUGAUCAUACACGAGCUGGAGACGCUCAUCGAGUCGCUGCGUUUCAUGAAGGACACUGGUCUCUUCCCCAUCCUCGUGCACGGCGCCGGCCCGCAAAUGAACGCUGAGCUGGACAAGCAAGGCGUAGAACCUCAGUACGUGGGUGGCAACCGUGUCACGGACCAGAAGACACUCGACAUUGCUCAGAAAAUCUUUGUCGACACCAACGCCACGCUCGUGGCCGCCCUCAAUAAGGCCGGUGUGCCGGCCAGAGGCAUCACCAGCGGCGUUAUCCAGGCCGAUUUCAAAGACAAGGACGUCUAUGGCUUCGUGGGCGAGGUGAACAAGAUCCACGGUGACCCGGUACAGGCCGUCAUUGACGCCGGUGAGAUCCCCGUGCUAUCUUGUCUGGGUGAGAGCGCCAAUGGCCAGACACUUAACAUCAACGCCGAUGUGGCCGCUCGUCAGCUGGCCCUCAACCUUCAGCCACUCAAGACCAUCUUCGUGAACGCCAAGGGAGGUUGGAUCGAGGACGACGGCACCAAGCUCAAGACGAUCAACAUGGCCAAGGACUACGAACGCAUGGCUGCCCGUGACUACACUGGCCGUCAGGGUACGCUCCUCAAGCUGAACGAGAUCAACACUCUGCUCCAGGGUCUGCCGUCGACCUCGUCGGUGGUUCUCACGUCGGCGUCGGAGCUUAUGCGCGAGAUCGUCAGCAAGAAGAGCGCGGGUACGACGUGCAUCAAGGGCGAGAAGCCCGCUGCUAGCGCUAAAAACACGGCCAAGGUGUCUGUUCCGCGUGGCCCUAACGGCAAGUACCGUGUAGGUCUGCUCGGCGCUCGUGGAUACGUUGGCCGUGAGCUCAUUCGUGUGAUUGGCCGUCACCCGGAGCUUGAACUAGUGUGUGCUAGCUCUCGCGCGCUGGAAGGCGAGAAGGUGCUGGAUGUUGCGUCAGUUCCUCCUCUUAACCCGCACACGAAGCUGCCAGCCAAGCCGGUGGAGGACUUGAAGCUGAACAUCGACCCCGAACUCAAGUUCUGCGAGCUUGGACUGGACGGUAUCCCGUCCUCACCGUUUGGCGAGAGCGUCGACGUGUGGGUUUUGGCUCUGCCGAACGGCUACUGCGAGGAUUACGCCACGGCUCUGGACGCACUCCGCCGUAAGGACAAGAUCAUCAUCGACUUGAGUGCUGACCAGCGCUUUAAUGCUGAGUGGACGUACGGCCUUCCGGAGGCUCCAGGUGGUCGCACGCGGCUGCAGGGCGCCACGCACAUUGCCAACCCGGGCUGCUAUGCCACUGGCGCGCAGGUCGGAUUGAUGCCACUGCUUGGUGGUAAGCCUCAGGUGAGCGGCAAAUUGAUCGACGAGAGUGUUCCGCCCCACGUGUUCGGCAUUUCGGGCUACAGCGGUGCUGGCACGAACCCUUCUGCGGCCAAUGACCUGAACAAGCUUCAGAACAACAUCAUUGCCUACAAGUCUGUGAACCACAUUCACGAGAACGAGGUCAGCCACCAGCUCGGCACGCCCGUUCGGUUCAUGCCGCACGUGGCCCCGUAUUUCCAGGGCAUCCACCUUACGCUGUCUGCUCAGCUUGCUGACAAUGGGCUUAUUACAUCGGCGAAGCAGGCAGAAGAGCUUUACCACGAGUUUUUCGCGAACGAGGCUUUGGUGAAGGUCAAGUCGGACAUUCCGUUCGUCAAGGACAACGCGUACCACCCGCACGUGGCUGUGGGCGGCUUCCAGCUGGACCAGGACACCGGCCGUCUUGUGGUUAUUGCCACCAUCGAUAACCUCCUCAAGGGUGCAGCUACGCAGGCAGUGCAGAACAUUAACGUUGCUCUGGGUAUCGAUGAGUACUCUGGCAUUGACCUUGAGUAAGAGAAUCUUUCAAGUCCUCACCAUUUUGAUCAGCUUAGUUUCAUUCAGUUCAGUUAUUCUUUGAACACCUGCCAAAUAACAGCACAACGAUGAAACAAGCCA